CACCUCCUCCACUCGCUCAAUCCCCCACCCCCAACUCACCUACUCCUCUCCCAUCUCCAGCCGCCUCCUCCGGCAGCUGGUCGUGAGGCAAGCCGCCGGUGAGCCGCCCCGCGCUCCACCUGCCUCUACUUCCUUCUCCUCCUUCCCAUCUCCUCCCUGACCUCCCUCCCAUCUCUCUCCACGCCUGCGCACGGCGUAGGGACUGGGCUCUCCCGGAGAAGGUAGCCACGGCCGCGCCCCUUGGGUUCGAUCUCGACGAGAUCCUGGCGUUGCCGGGCCGUGGCGUUGGUGGCCUGACCUGCGGAUUUGGCGGUGGCCGGUGCUGCGGGAUGGCGUUCGUCGGGGAUCCGCGGUGCACGGGUCGCUGAGGCUGCCGGGGAGGUCGAGGCGCCGCCGCCUCCGGGGAGGUCCCCAUCGAAGCGCUGGUCAUGCCGGCUGUGGUGAGUCCCUGCCCCGCGCGCGCACCAACGAGGUGAGCCGUCGAUGGCUCUGCUCCGGGCGACUCCGCUCCCGCCUCCGGGGAGGUCCCCAUCGACGACGCUGCUCACCUCCGGUGCGGCCGGGCGUCCUCGCCGCGUUCAAUAAUGGCGUCACGGAAGGUUGCGGCCCUGCGGUGCGUCACGUAUGACGGGUCCUUCGCAUUCCAAACCUCCUCGUCAUCCAGGUUGGGAUCGCAACAGGGCAGGGCAAGUUCGUCGAUCUGGUUCGGAAGGCGGCCGACCUGAGGUACGUGGACGCCAUGAGGCCCCUCAUCGCCAACGACUUCCCGCACCUCACCACCGCGGCGCAGGUCCGGCUCACGCAGUAACCAUGAUUAACUACUAGCGCGUGUGUCUGCCUGAUUAGUCGUGUACACUGAGAUACUACUAUCAAUAAGCACCUGGAUUGUUGUUUAGUUUUCACCACACUAUUAUUGAUGCACUGAAGAGUUUGGUGGAUGAUAGAUUAUAAGUGGCUAAUGAACGAAUCUGCUUUAAUUAGACAGUAUGUAGCAGCAGCUGUAUACUACUAAUCAUGUUGAAAACCUAUACUCUUCAGAUUUUAGUAGUUCCCAUGGCUAAUUCUUGUUGACAUCAUGGUAAAACAAGUUGAAAAUAUGGCAAAACAUGCAACAGUAGUUGCCUUGGCAAAACAAUGUUGAAAUUGCAGAGGAAUGACAUUCUUGAUAUACUUGGGAGCAUGCUUUUCCAGGUCUUCAUUUUGGCAGCAUGGCAACAAAUCUAUACUAAUUUUACCAUCAUGGCAAUUUUUAGAUCCUAAAGAUAGACAACAUUCUUUUCUAAGUUCUUACAUGCCAAGAAAACAUUUUUUUCUCAACUAACCAUGGCAACAUGUUUUUGCCAUGGCAAAUUUACAUUACUUACCACUGCAAAAUUAACUUUUGCCAUGGCUCUUUGUUCAUAAUUUGUUAUUUUUUUACACACAUGGCAAAUUUCUCAUACAACCAUGGAAAUUUUAAUUAGAAAACCAUGGCAAUUUUUAUUAUAAAUCUACCAUGGCAAUUCUUUGUUCAUAAUUUGUUCUUCUUUUACACACACGACAAAUUUCUCAUACAACCAUGAAUUUUUUUAUUAAAAUGCGAUGGUAAAUUUUAUUAUCAAUCUGCCAUGACAAAAAGCAUGACAAAUUUUUAACUUUUAUAGCCAUGUCAAUUUAAUUUCAUACCACAUGGCAAAUUUAGUUUAUAGUACAUGGCAAAUUAACUUGUACAACCAUGGGAAAACUAACUUUUAAAUCCCAUGGAAAUUUAAUUUGAUAGCCCAUGGCAAAUUUAUUUUAUAGUCCAUGGCAAAUUAACUUGUAUAGCCAUGGGAAAUUUACUUUCAAAGCCCACAACAAAUUCACCUUUUUAUUGCCAUGGCAAGUUAUUGUUUAUUAUUUUUGCCAUGGCAAAUUUUAACUUUCAUUUGCCACGGAAAUUUUACUUAUGCAUGGAUGGCAAAUUUUACUUAUUAUUCAUGGAAAUUUUUACUUCUCAUUCUUCAUGCCAAAUAUACCUUCAUUUUGCCAUGGCAAUUUCCAUUUAGUGGAUAAAAUGCAUAAAUUUUCCAUGUCUUUUGUACACCAAAUAUGCACAAAUUUUUCCAUGUCCUGUAGUACAUAAUUUACCCAUGUGACAGGUCUGAAAAUUUUCAUAGUUUUGCCAUGUGGACAUUUCAAAGAUUUUAUACGCUUUUACCAUGCUUUUUUGGGAAAAAAAAUGGUUUUUUAGUGAAUUCGCCAUGUGACCAGAUAUGAACUUGCCAUGUUUUGAACAAAUUUCAUAAACUUGAUUUGUGAUUAGUACUCCAUAAAAUGCAUUCUAACAUGAUAUGUGCAUUUGCCAUCAUUUAGCUGUAGCAUGACAUGGAAAAUUUUAAUUUUCUAUUUUGCCAUGGCAAUUUUCAGUUAGUGGAUAAAAAUGCAUAAAUUUUCCGUGUCUUUUGUACACCGAAUAUGCAUAAAUUUUUCCAUGUCUUGGAGUACAUAAUUUUGCCCAUGUAACAGGUCCGAAAAUUUUCAUAGUUUUGCCAUGUGGACAUUUCAAAGAUUUUAUACACUUUUACCAUGCUUUUUUUUGGGGAAACAGAAUGUUUUUUAAUGAAUUUGCCAUGUGACAAGAUAUGAACUUGCCAUGCUGUGAACAAAAUUCAUCAACUUGAUUUGUGAUUAGUACUCCAAAAAAUGCAUUCCAACACGAUAUGUGCAUUUGCCAUCAUUUAGUUGUAGCAUGACAUGGAAAUUUUAAUUUUCUAUUUUGCCAUGGCAAUUUUCAGUUAGUGGAUAAAAAUGCAUAAAUUUUCCGUGUCUUUUGUACACCGAAUAUGCAUAAAUUUUUCCAUGUCUUGGAGUACAUAAUUUUGCCCAUGUAACAGGUCCGAAAAUUUUCAUAGUUUUGCCAUGUGGACAUUUCAAAGAUUUAUACACUUUUACCAUGCUUUUUUUUGGGAAAACAGAAUGUUUUUUAAUGAAUUUGCCAUGUGACAAGAUAUGAACUUGCCAUGCUGUGAACAAAAUUCAUCAACUUGAUUUGUGGAUUAGUACUCCAAAAAUGCAUUCCAACACGAUAUGUGCAUUUGCCAUCAUUUAGUUGUAGCAUGACAUGGAAAUUUUAAUUUUCUAUUUUGCCAUGGCAAUUUUCAGUUAGUGGAUAAAAAUGCAUAAAUUUUCCGUGUCUUUUGUACACCGAAUAUGCAUAAAUUUUUCCAUGUCUUGGAGUACAUAAUUUUGCCCAUGUAACAGGUCCGAAAAUUUUCAUAGUUUUGCCAUGUGGACAUUUCAAAGAUUUUAUACACUUUUACCAUGCUUUUUUUUGUGAUAACAGAAUGUUUUUUUAAUGAAUUUGCCAUGUGACCAGAUAUGAACUUGCCAUGCUGUGAACAAAAUUCAUCAACUUGAUUUGUGAUUAGUACUCCAAAAAAUGCAUCCCAACACGAUAUGUGCAUUUGCCAUCAUUUAGUUGUAGCAUGACAUGGAAAUUUUAAUUUUCUAUUUUGCCAUGCCAGAUUCACCUUGACAUGGCAAAUUUACCUAAAUCGCCAUGGCAAAUUUUAUCUUUUAUUGACAUGGCAAUUUGUACUUUUCCAUGGCAAAUUUACGUUUAACAUACAUGUCGAAAUUUUGCCAUGAAAAAUUUAGUUUAACGGAUCAUGGCAAAAAUAGUAAUUGGCCAUGGACACUUUUUAUCUCCUGAACAUAGUACAAUUAUCUACUUUUUAUGGGACGAUGGCAAAUUUAGUUGACGGUCAUGGGCUCAUGGCAAAUUUAUCUUAUGCAUCAUGGCAUUUUCUAGUGCAUGGACCAUGUGAAUUUUUUUAAACUGUGGCCAUGGCAAAUUUAUUUCAUAUAUUUUUAAUAUACAUAUAUCAUUUUGCAUUUUCUGGUGAUGAUUUGUGUUAUGCUUAUAUGCAUGACAAAUUUCUUUAUACAAGCAUGGCAAUUUUACUUAAAAUACCAUGGAAAAUUUUAAUGUCCAUAUGCCAUGGCAAUUUUUAGCUCAUAUUUUAAUGUCCAUACGCCACGGCAAUUUUCAUGUCAUUUUUCUGCUUUCAAGCAUUUUUUUUGUUUUUUCCCAAAAAAGAAAACAAAAUGUUUUUUUUCUUUUCGUUUUUAUAGGGAAAAGGCCAUGUAAGGGCCUUGGGGGAGGGCGUUCGUGAUUUGGGCAAUUCCACCCGAACGAAAUCGUUCGUGACAGCGGAGCCGUCGUAACGAACGGUGUGAGCCAUGUGCAAGUUGCCGUGGGCGUUAGUUUUUCCGGAUUCAAAACCGCCUGCUGCUUUGUCGCUGACGGAGUAGCUAGUGGUGGCAAGCCGAACCGACUUGGAAUCAGUUUCCGUCGUAGAUUCCGACUCGAACUCUUCCCUCCCAGCCAGCCUCUAUAUAAACCAAUCUCCGACCGCUUCAAUCAGUAGGCUUUCGAUUUCGACUGGAUGAGUAGAAAUCCUUGUUGGGAAAGAAAUUUCUUGUGGACGUGAUGGGCGGCAGUUUGGAUGAGAGGUCCUCGUGCUCGUCGUCUAAGCGGCGGCGACGGAAUAAUGAUCAUGCCGAGAGGCUGCCGCGGAAGCAGCACCUUUAUCUGGCGGUGGAUGACUGGGAGGGCGGGUACAGCAUCCACAAGCUUGACGCCGACGACAUCUUGGAGGAUACACAAGGAGGCGGAGGAGAGCACAAGCUUCUGGAGCACGCUGCCAUCCGGAUAAAGACGCCGAUGUGUGGCCGUAUGGAGUUCACCGCCGUGGGCACCAACAUCUUGGUCGACACCAACCCGCAUAACCGCGGCGACCACGCUCCCCCAGCCGUCAUCUACGACACGGAGACCGCAGCCCUCACCGUGGGCCCGCGUUUUCCACGUGGGAUUGAUCCCCUAGCGACUAGCAUAGCUGUCGGCAAAACGAUAUAUGUCUUGACAACCGCAGACUUGCCUCAUCUCCCAUGUUUGCAAGCCUUGUCGUGGCGCAGAGUCGCCGCAGACAACAUAUGGGAUCCAUACAUGGAUUGGUCCUGGAACAAAGUGCAGUCACAGCCACCCUUCAACGGAGUAGACAUCGUCGGCUACGCGUUGCACCCGGACGGACGUACCAUCUUCAUGUCUACAAGGAAGCAGGGAACCCACUCCUUGGACACGAGCAACGGCGUGUGGACAGGCCUUGGGGACGACUGGGUUUUGCCCUUCAAAGGCCAAGCCUUCUUCGACGCAGAGCUAAAUGCAUGGGUUGGGACGGAUCGCAAGGGCGCUGGAUAUGUUUGCUGCUGUCAGGUUGCCUCACGCAGCGCCACCACCAAAUGGCCGUUGGAAUGCAGGGUGCUCAAGGAGAAGCUGUUUCGCCGCAACAACGAGGAGCAUUACAUGGAGGGUGGCCGGCACAAGGAUGUCACUCUUACCUACAUGGGCGAUAGCAGGUUUUGCCUCGUCGAGAACAUCGUAUCCAGCAAGGAAGCCAUCGACACUGUGCUCCAUGUCACCUUGUUUGGCCUCAAGUAUGACCACAUGGGAGAGCUCCAAACUAAGGGUCGCCGUGGCACUAGGUCCUAUGCAGUGUCCAAGAACACUCGUCAUUUCUCUCAUGCAACAUUCUGGAUGUAACUAAAUAUUCAGCCUCGACCAAUAGGUAUUACUACAAAAAUAGUACUCUCUUCGUCUCAAAAUUCUUGUUUUAGAUUUGUCUAAAUACGGAUGUAUCUAGACAAAUCUAAGACAAGAAUUUUGGGAAGGAGGGAGUAGAAGAAAAAGUGUGCUUUCAUGGUUUCUUCUUCAGCAGAUUUGUAUAAGGGGCAGAUGGCCAAUGUUGUAGUGUCUCCCUUUUAGCAUACUAGUAAUCAAGCACGUGCAAUGCACGAUGAACAUCAAAUAUGAAAUCUACAAAAACUUGACCUAUAUGCUCGAUAACACCCAGUGGUGUGCGGGAAUAUUAUUUU